AUGACCACUGAUCCCCUCCAUUUUCACCAAACAUCUUUACAUGCCGCUGGCACGGCCUUUGCGUCUGUCGUUCAGAACGAAGAUCCGAAAAUGUCACUUCACUCGACGGACGGCUCCGACCUUGUGUUUGCGUAUAACGCACCCGGCACCAUGGAUAUCGACAUGGGCGGCGAUGCUUCGUCGCUUGCUCAGGCGCUCGAGCUUGGCUACGCGAGCGCGGAGAUGCAGGCUGCCUUUGCCUAUGGGGAUGUCAGUUCCACUCUGGACAAACGACCCACCACUUCGUAUCCGGCGUCAUCCUAUGCUUCGAUGCUGCGCUCACGUCUUGACGUGAACUCGGGACGUCGUCACAGCAUUCAGCCGUUGAUUCACUCGACCGAGAUCGACCCGACCUGGUCAGACUAUUCCAGCAUGAUGGGCCCCAACGUCGGACCUAGGAGCAUGAGUCUAUCUGUGGAUCCCUUUGCUCCUUUCUCCUACCAUGGCGCUGCUCAUUCGUACACGGUCGGAGACAUGAGCAUAGGCCCGCACGACAUGUCAGGAAGCGGCUUCCUCAUGUCACCGCCCCGCCUCACCGUCAGCAUAUCGUCAGGAAGCAGCCCCACACCGACUCCCUUUGACGGUGCAGCUGACGAUGCCAAGAGACGUCGUACGUCACUGGUCGAUGCUACCCCUGAGCGCGCUGUUCAACAGGCGGCCCAGCUGCAGCACGGCUCCAUGCCACAACAGACUCCGCCCAACAUGUUCGCCUACCAGCAGCACUCGAAUUUCUCUUUCGGCUCCAGCGUCGGAGCUGGACUGCAGACACCGGCAUCGGUGCAGUCAAGCAUCUCGCCCUGUCGAAGUCGGCGUCUAUCGCUCACGGCGGUGGACCAUGCAAGCCACAUUGCUCACCUCACGGCGAACCUUGGGUUGCCGGCGUUUGGCGGCGAAGAGCCGCCCAAAAGUGCACCGGCACGUGCUGCGGGUUCCGAAGCCAUGCAGCAGGUGCAGUCGCAGUCGCAGCCUCGCGGCGGCAAGAAGGGCUCGGAUGGCAAAACUGCAGCGGGCAAGUCGUCCAACAGUCGAAAGGGCAGCCUCAGUGGCAGCGCAACAGCCUCAACCGGCAACGGCAAGAACCAGGACGUAUGGCCCGAUGACGUCGAGGUCGCAUUUUGGGAAGCGCUCCGACUCAUUCCCAAACUCGGUCGUCGAAAGGUGCUGGUGCACGGCAAACCCUGUGGCCGCAACGAGCUGAUUGCCGAUUACAUUGAGCGCAAGACCAACAAGAAGCGCUCUCGCAAGCAGGUGUCGAGCCAUAUUCAGGUGCUCAAGAACAUUCGCAAGGGCGACCCCGAGUUCCAACAGCUCAUCGCUGAGCCCACCACCGAAGAGGACUUCUACAUCCCCGCUGGCGGCAUGAUGUACGCACAGACGCUGGCCGGCUACGGCUACGGCAACCUUGGUGCGGCCUAUCCACUCCUGUCGGUCGACAAUGCCAACAGCGGACUGCUUUCGCCUUAUACCCCUGGGCUGGCUGGCGGCCAGGGUCUUGCUAGCCCUUUGUCGCCCUGCCCACCACCGCUGUCGGCGACACACCAGAUCACGUCCGGUCUCAACGAACUCCACCUCCCUCAGCAGGCUGGCACGAAGGAUAACAGCGGCAAUUCACCAUGUCCCAUUCUUCCGGCCAGCUUCUCCAUGUGGGCGCACUGCUCGGAGUCCGACGACAAGCACGUCUACACCAACCUCGACCGCAACUCGAUGACCACCUAUGCCAACAACCAGUCGCCGCUGCCUCAGAUGACGCUCGAUUCGGUGCGCCUCGGUCACUUCCGCUUCCCACGUCUUGCCGAGAUGUAUCACCGCAUGCCUUGUCAGUUCAUCCACGUUCACGUGCCGCUUUCGGUGCCACGCCACGACGUGAUGAUGCCCCGUUACGACAGCUUCAGCACGCAGCUUUCGUUGACGUCGGCACAGGAUCUGCGUCUCACGUCGGUCACCACCGUCUACUCGCACGGCAAGCGUGUCUUGUCGCUGGUGGAACCACUCGAAGCACCUCGAAAGAUCUCGGGCAGGAGCAGCGUCGACAUCAGCUCGACCAGUACUGUUGGUGGUGCUGCUACGGCUGCAGACACCGUGUCUUCGAGCACAGUCGAUGAGAGCAUCGCAUCACAGCACGACGUCACCACAUCGACACCUGUCAAGAACAAGAACGCCCAGCGACGCGUGAGCGACGGCAGCCUCGGAUCCUUGAGCCCUACCUCCAACACCUCGAGCGGCCCCGCAUCGCCAUGCACUCCCCUGGAUGCAAGCAAACAGACCAACGGCAACCUGCGCCAUCGUUGGUGUCACCAGGCUCCGUUUGCGACCGACUUUUGCGCCGACUUCCUCAGCCGCAACCAUCCUGUCAAUGUGUACAGCGGCCGAGACAGUUUGCAGUCAUUCGGCAAGGAGCCCAGUGAGCGUGCCGCACUCGGCAUGGCUAUUUCGGGUGUCACGAUCAUUCAAGAGCUGGUGGUGGCUGGCGAAGGUGCUGCUGCUGCAGCCGCUGCGACAAGCAGUCGUGACGGUGCAUCUGCGGUGCUCAACGAUGCUGGGUCCAGCUUGAGCCCUGGCAGCAAAGUUGGAGAUGUGGUGCUCGUCGUCGCCUGGGACCUCGAAUGUGUGGAGGCGCUCGGCGCCACCCCCGGCGUUCCGACCGUCUCCCUGCUGACCGCUGGACCGGGACUUUCGCCCUUGGGACGAGCUGCACCACUGGCUUCUCCUUUGCAUCACCCUGCCCUCGCUGGAUUGCAAGUGAACCCUCACGGCCUGUCUCCGAUGACCGCCGCUCUACCGCUCGGCGGCGCCGCUCAGCCAGGCCAGUCCAUGGCUCCUCAUCAGCAAGCACAGCUCAACAUGCUCCCCGGCGCUCCUGUUCUGGGAGGCAUUCCGCCCGCCAACCCUGCCCCGUCGUUGGUGCACACUCAGCCUUCGACGCAACCCAGCUUCGGGCUCAACGUUCAGCCGGCUAGCUCGGACAGCAACGUGCAGGUGCCCACUCUGUUGCGCAAGCGCGGCCUGUCGAUGAGCAAGCCCAACCUGAUGCUCAACAUUCCGCCCGCAUCAGCGUAUCUCACACCGCAGAGGACCCCGAACGGUACCCUGCUGAGCCCACACCCACAGCUCUCGCCCGGCGUCAGCCCAACACCGGCGGUUUGGGGCAUGAUCCAGCAACGUGCGGUGCACACGCCGAUCACACCGUUCCCGCAGGCCGGCGCCGGUCUGUUCGAGCCUCCUCCGCUGAACACGGGUGACGACGCCCGAGCGCAGAAGGAGCGACUAGAGAGGCACUGGGCGGGCCAAGUCAACCCGCUUGGUGGCGCACUCCCCUCGCCUCUGGAUAUGAGCUUCAACCAUGGUGACAUGAAUGCCCCUUCGACGAGCUCGGCAGGCAUGGCAGUCGCGGCGGCUGUAGCUAGUCCUGGCGUGUCUGCGCUCGGACUCACGGUGCCUAGCGCCGGCAUCACCGGCGGUCUGCCGCUCCUCUCCCCUGCUGGCUUCGACAUGGGCAGCAAGACCCACACUGGCACAACCUCGGGCCCAAGCAGCUUCGAGCAGAUGCUCAAUGAAGGCAGCGACCCUAGCAACGAGGCUAUCACGCAGGAGUACCUCGACGGCCUGCUGGCGUCGAUCGGCGUCGAAAGUCAGGACUUCAGCUCCGAUGCCUAG